UAAAAAGUAAAAUCACUACAAAAUCACCAACAAAAACACAAUUAACCUUAAAUUUAAGUUUUUAUAAAUAUAAAAGAACAAAGUAAUGUGAGUAAAAGUGUGGUUUUAUUACUGUUGUAAGUGUUUUAUAAUUACCGAGCUGGUAAAUUGCGUAAUUUGUAAUGUUACGAAUUGGUCGACUUUAUAACCUCAAAAUCUCACAUGUCUUGGGCCCCUUUCGACAAAGUAGCACUUUUAAAUCAAAACUCUACUUGAAAACAACUUUAAUUGAUAGUAACGAUUACACUGAUCAACUAAUAAAGCAAUAUGCACCAAAAUUAAUUUUUAAUAGUGUAGUAGAGAGGAAAGUUUUAAAUAUCAAAAAACAAGAAAAAAGGAAAUGUAGAGAAACGAAAGAAUCAAUUGAGCCAUUACCUUUAAGUUUAAAGUAUGUCUUAGACGAUAUAGAAAUAAAAUCGGACGAAUGUAGCAAUCCUGAGGAAGAAAAACCCCUUGAAAAAAUUAUACAUUUCCCAUACAACCAAGGGUUUAAUGUUGAAAAAGUUACAACAAAAGAAGAAAUUGAAACAACAUCUUCAGAUGUUGCUAGCGAAGCAAACGAAGAGGUUCGCCGCCGGUAUGAAAUGCAAAAAGAAAUGAACAAUUGGAUGGUAAAUUACGACAGUUACGACGAUAGCAAUCUGGACAAAGAAAUCGACUUGGAUGUGACCGAAUAUAAAAUAAAUUACGGCACCCCUGACCCUUCUAUUGACAUCAGCAAUGUUCCUUGUGGGGGCUGUGGGGCCCUCCUUCACUGCAAAGACACUGCCAUUCCCGGAUAUAUUCCGUCUGAGAUUUUCAAAAACAGUUUUGAGGAUGGGGGCGCCGCUUUAGAAGCGAUUGUUUGCCAAAGGUGUCAUUUUUUGAAACACUACAACCUGGCUUUGCAAGUACAGGUUACCCCAGACGACUAUCCCAAAGUUCUAUCAAGUAUUAGUCAAAGAGGGGGUUUGGUUAUUUUAAUGGUUGAUUUGUUGGAUUUUCCGUGCUCGAUUUGGCCAGGAAUUGGAGAAAUUUUCGGUUAUAAAAUCCCAAUGGUCGUUGUUGGAAAUAAGGUUGAUUUGUUACCACAAGACAGUAAAAAUUUUUUGAAACGCAUUAAACAGACACUGUUAGAUUAUGUUAAAUUGCAAGGAUUUGGGUCCUUUAACAUUAAGGAAGUUGCGCUGAUUUCGGCGAAAACGGGCUUUGGAGUUGAGGAUUUGAUAACGCGGUUGAAUAGUCUUAACAGGGUGAAAGGAGAUGUUUAUAUUGUAGGGUGCACAAAUGUGGGCAAGUCGAGUUUGUUUAAUGCUUUAAUUCAGUCGGAUUAUUGCAAGACACAAGCGAUUGAUUUAAUACAGAGAGCCACAACGAGUGUGUGGCCGGGAACAACUCUGAAUUUGUUAAAAUUUCCUAUUAAACGUCCCGCCGGUUAUCGACAGUUUUUGAGAGAGAAACGGUUGAAUCUGAUGCAUAAAAUACAAGCGGAGGAAAACACAUUACGAAAGGAACAAUUAAGACAGACAAAAAAUGCAAAAUAUGCGUCUCUCAUUGGACACAUUGGCGUAACGAAAAACCCUGAUUCGAUAACCACGGAUCCUAAGGAUUUAUUUGCCCAAGGAGAAGCUUCCAGUGGUAAACUAACGAUGGGAGUCGACGAAAAACUUGCACAAUUUGCUUAUAGUAAGUGGUGUUUUGACACUCCUGGUGUGGUACAACCUGACCAAAUCAUACACUUACUAACAACCGAAGAGUUGCUUCUCACGUUACCUAAAGAAUUGGUCAUACCUAGAACCUUGUGCCUUAAACCUAACUCAAGCCUGUUUAUCGCGGGUUUGGCGCGACUCGAUUACGUGGAUGGUCCCACUUCUAUUCGCUUGACGGUUUUUGCAUCCCAAGAAUUGCCUCUAACGGUGUGUACCAUUGAAGACGCUGAGGAAAUGUAUCAGAAAUUGCUCGGAACGGAUUUAUUUAGAGUGCCAAGUGGCGACAGCAAGCGAAUCUCAAGGUGGCCGAACUUGGAAUUAGCUAAGGAGUUUACAGUAAAGGGACAGUCGUGGUACAAAUCUUCAAAUGAUGUUGUUUUAUCUAACGCAGGUUGGGUGGCCGUGACAGGGAAAAUGGAACUUGAAUACAAAUUACAAGCCUGGACGCCGGAAAAAAGGGGAGUUUAUAUCCGAGACUGUUUGUUACCAUAUGCCGUGGCAUUAGCCGGGAAAAGAAUCAAACGUAGUGUGGCAUAUAACAAAUUUAGGUUUUAUCUGAAAGAAUGAUUUUGCGAGGUCGUUGACCCUAUGUUGUCAUAACAAAUAAAUAAUUCGAAUGUGA